CGCGCGUGCUAACGCACGUUGUAGGUUCUCUAACCUAAAAAGUUUUGUCAACACAGCGAACGGGUUGAUACUCCGAAUUUUUAAAUGUAAAUCUUUCAAAAAUGGAAGUGUCUGUAGGUGAUAUUGUGAUGCCUGGUGAUAGGAUACAAGGUAUAGAAUCAGCAGAUAAAAACCAGAAAGUAAUAUUAGGUCCUGGAUUACGUACGGAUGGAGAAACAGUAUAUGCGUGUAAAGCGGGAAUCUUAAAGAAAAGGAUAUCAAUUUACUAUGUUGACAGCUAUCAAAAAAGGUACAUACCAAGUCAAGGUGAGAAUGUUGUUGGUGUUGUCACACAGAAGGCUGGAGAUAUUUUCAGAGUUGAUAUAGGAGCCAACGAACCAGCAGCAUUAUCUUACCUAGGUUUUGAAGGUGCUAGCAAAAGGAACCGCCCAGAUGUUCAGGUUGGAGAUAUUGUUUAUGCAAAACUUAUAGUAGCUAGUAAGGAUAUGGAAUCAGAGCUUGUUUGCGUUGAUUCAUUUGGUAAGAAAGGAAAGUUAGGUGUUCUUAGUCCAAAUGGUAUGCUCCUGACAUGUUCUUUGAGUCUUGUCCGAAAGAUUCUUAAAGCAAAUUGUCCAUUGCUGCGUUUGUUAUCUGAGGAACUAAAGUAUGAAAUCGCCGUUGGAAUGAAUGGCAAAAUAUGGAUAAAAUCUAAGUCAAGUGUUGAAGACACUAUUGCUGUUGCCAAUGCUAUAUUAGCAGCGGAAUUCACACCACCUGAGGAAUAUCAAUCACUAUGUAAUAGUAUAAUGAAAUCUCUGGCUUUACUAAAGUAAGGUGUAUAGGUGUAAUUAAAGAAACAAACAUUAUGAAUGACUUUAUAUUUAUUGUACCAAUAUUUGUAAAUGAGUUUUUGUAAAUAAAUCUUCACAGUUUUCUUAAUGACAAUGUAUGAUUACAGCAUCGAUCAUAGUGACAAAAUGUAAGAAUGAAAGAUUUUAGCAUAUGUAGUGCGUUAUUGAAAAUGCGAGAAUUCUUAAUGAUCGACUACAUUAACAUCAUGAAAGCGGAGUCACUGUAAGCGAUACAUUAAAGUUAUCUAUUAAAAUUACCUUUAUAACUCUUACAACUGUUUUUCACAUAGGUACAUUGUUUUAUAAUAUCAAGUUACAGCAAUUGGAUUGUAAAAGAGAACAAACAAUAACAACAGAAAUGCAAAUUGCAUUAUUGUUUAUUCCAACAGAAAAAAUAAAUUAUAAAAAAAAUCAUAAUGCUGCCUUUGCAUAUAGCUGCAUCUUCUUAAUAAUAGGGAUUGUGUAAAUUUAACUAUUGCAAUGUCAUUCUUAUCUGCAAAUCAAACGAUUCCUAAAAAGAUGUAGCUUUCAGAUCGGUGUUUGUCGUUAAAAUAAAAGGAACAAAAUAUAUUUUCUCUGUGAAAAUACGCGUAUAUCGAUUAUCGAUACUUGCAAGCAGCAUUACAGAUUCAUCAACCAAAAAUUCAGCUGCAACUUGCUUACAAAAUUUACAAACUCAGUUUUACAAUAAAACUUUAUAAUUUCGCUGCACAAAGCGUCAUGCGUUUUCGCGUAUGGAACAUAAUGAAUGUCUUUUCUUUCAUUAUUAUUAUUUAUUAUUCUUUGUUUAAAAUGACGAUCGCGAUUGAUUGUUUUAUGAUACAAGAUUUUUUCUCAAUACCUUUCUGAUAUGUGCCUAAUACUCGCUCUCGAAGCACAGCAGUUUAUUUUUCAUUUAAAAUUUCUACGCAUUAUAUACGCCAGUAGGGGACUCCGAAGUGACAGAAUUUUUGUGCACAACCUUUAGAAUUAGAAUUCCUAAGGUACACAGCCUUAGCAAUUCGCAUCACUUGAACAUCAACCUUUUUAUUUGUUUUUCUUUCAAUCACAUAGAUAGCUAAACUUAUUACCUAAUAUUAUCGUCAACUAAAAUUAUGCAUUACAGUAUACGAUCUUCGCGUUCACACCGAUCGUCACCGAGGAAAAGCGCACCAAGCACUUUUGUACUUACAGUGGAAUGUGCAGUUUCCAUUUCUAUUUUUUUUCUCUCUCUCUCUCUCUCUCUCUCUCUUCUCAUUACUCAUCCUUAUCAAAAUAAAAUAUAUUUAUCUGAAAAUCAAUGCUUGAACAAAGGACGAAUCAAUGAAAAAACGUCAACUAAUGAAUAUAAAUUCCGAUUAUAUUAACAAUUAGAACAGUCAAUUUAUAAUCUAUGCUUUAUUUCAUUUAUAUAUACACCAAUAUCAAGUACCAAGGAUUCUCAGAUAUUUUAUUAUGUCUGUAAAUAAAAUAUAUCUUUGUUCUCGAAGGCUAUCUGUCUAUGUCAUAUACCUUAUCUCGUUCAUGAAUGUACAAGAUAUUAGUUUCACAAUUAUUACACAGAUCUGUCGUCGAUAUUAUUGAAUUUGUUUUUUUUUCUUAGGUCCGAUAUUACAGAAAUAACGCUGACAUGGUCGCAAAUAACUUUCGCGAGCUUCUUCAUUAAAAAAUCAAAGAUCAAAAAACAUCCUAUAGGUAUAGGUAUAACUCAGUUUUCCAAGCGUGCGUCACUUGCGACCGCAUUAUUACUCUUUUCCCGCCAAUAAUACGUAAAUUAUACCUAAAAUAAACGCAAACGGUAACAUAUAAGUUAAUCACUAAUCGCCUUUGUAUUAUUAACUUUAGCUGUACUGGGGGAGUCGUUUCUCGACGUUGAUAGAUUUUUUUUGGUACUACAUUUUAAACAACUUUAUGACAAAUCGAGCCAUUUAUGCGCACGCGCGGUCUUUGGUUUCUCAUCGAAUCGCAAUAAUAUUUAAAUAGUCCUGUUGGAAAUAAUACUGACACGGAACGUCUUUCAACGCCUUCGAAAAUCGAAUGAAAAUAAUUACUGCAACAAUAUGUAACUUAAAUCGUAUAAACACUUUGUCAUGGAAAAAUCAAUGAUUUUUGGCUUCUUACUGGGAAAAUGCUCAGGUUGUCAUAUGUGUCCACAGGUAGUGAUGAAGGGAAUGUCGGAAAUAAUGGUUUUGCCAGCAACCAUAACAGUAAUCUAUUUCAUGUGCUACCUUACUUUUUUUCUUUUCGUCAACAUACUAUUACAAUAGCACGCUAAUUAGAUACAUCUGACUAAAAAAAUGCAUCGAUUAUUCCUAAGCACAGAUUUUUUUUCACGCCUUUAUAUUACUCGCAGUUUACACAGGUUCUCUAUAUAGUUUGUAAAAAUAAUACAGAGCGAGUCGGACGUCCGCAUACAAUUAUAAAUAACGAGGGAUGAGACGUCCGAGCAACGAAAAGGUGUAUAGAAAAAUUUUAAAAUAUCUGAAGUUACUUUUUUUUCUCUCAGGUAGGUAGGUAUUCGAGACUACAGUGAUGAUAUGGAUGAAAAUAUCUGCCAUUUUUCUCUCUUGCGACGGUAUUUUCCUUCUGACACAGUCAGUGAGACAUUGCACACGUGACAUAGUAAACAGUAUUUAUAAUUGAUUUUUAGCACCAAAAGUAUAGUUCUUUAUUUUUCGCUAUUUCGAGAGUCUCUACUUUAUGUGAAAGAAACGUCUGAGGAUCGAGUGAUAGUGAAUCUUAUAGAAUGUGCCACUGAAAGUGUAAAAAGUUACACUACGUAUACUUUAAUCUUGUCAAUGGCAGACAUUAUUGUAUAGUGUUCGAUGAGAUGGAUCUAAAAAACCUACUCACUAACAUUUCAACCCUUGGUUCCAUAAUUACAAGAAUAAUUUUCUUUCUGUCAGUUAAAAGUUACGCUUUACUUUGUUGGUAAAUAGACGAUCUAAACUGAAAACGCAUUUCCUAUUUCCUUCCCAUUUACAAAAAGAUAAAAAUAUCUCUAUAUAAAAACACAACGGAAAUCACAAUGAAAGUUAAACGAAAGACAAAUUUAUCGAAAUAAUCGAUGCAACACGGAUCUCACUUGCACGUGGAAAACAUUUUUGGCUAAUGUAUAUUAGUUAACUAUACGAGGUUAAGAACAAAGCGACUUAUACUUUUCGUACAUGUUAUGGACAUACUCCGCGACAAAGAAAAGAAAAAAAAUAUAUAUAAAACGAAUGCACGUUUAUAUUCGAGAAAGGAACAUGAUCGCUACGAUGAAAUUGCUUCCGGGGGCAGAGCGAAAGAGGAUUUUUGGCUCUUGUGAUUCGUCUCGCGAAGCUCUCGUAUCAAAGGAUAAAACCUUCCACUAUAUAUGUACGAAUAUAUAUAUAGGUAAAUAUUUUAUCAUUGCGUUUUUUUAUCUUGUUGUCCGUGUAAUCAUACCUCAUAUAUGUUUAUAAAAAAUUGUCUUUGCUUAUUAAUAGCUAAAAUAUUACGAUGCCUUGGCUAUAUAUAAAUAUAUAUUUAUAUAUUGAAUUUUAUCAUAUAUUAUCAUUAUAUUGUUAUUGUUUUUUUUUAUCGUUUUCAUUAUUCAUAUUUCAUUUUCAGCGUGUGUAUAUUUUGUUUUACGGUAAUUCACAUAAUUAUUGAUAAUAAAUAAUAAUAAUCAUAAUAAUAAUAAUACCAUUCACAACACAGAGUGCAUAGUACGAAGCUAUACCGAACUUGUUCAUCCUCAUUGUAAUAACUUUUGUAAAGUGAUACAAAACGUUACAAAAGGAGGAAAAAAACACUGCGCGAGAGAUAUAAGCUUCUAUGCAACGCGACGCACAACCGAUUCUUUUCAUUAUUGCAACCUGCGUGAGAUGCACCAAACUGUCUUGUCUCGUGUACUUUUCGUUAUUUAUUCUAUUAUUAUUGUUGUAAGCUAGCUAUUGUGUACUUUAAUCGCGAAUUAUACGUUUGAGUGAAAGUUGGACAGGAGCGAGUCUAGUGAUGCAAGUGUUUUACAACCCAACGAGUGGAACUGUUCCUUUUUUUGACUUUUGUUGAUUAUUUAUCACCUUAAUUAAUUUUCGUGACGAUUAGUACUAGUUUUAGUGGCAGUUCACCGAUGAAGUCGAAUUGCUUCAGAUUUAAUCGAACACCAUUUGUCUUUCAAGAAUACAUGAGUAAUCUAUCUGCUGAAUUUCGUUUUAUUUUUUUCUCUGAGAAAAAUCUAAGUAGACUUCAGUGUGAAGCUGCAGAUUGAUCUAUGCUUUUGCGUGCUGUUGCGUCAUGGUUGAUAAAUCUGUGUUACUCAACAGAUGUCACUCGUACAUUCUUGAAGAUAUUCUUUUCAGAGCUAAUCAGCAGUGAUCUUAAAAAAAGAAUUGAAAAUCGCACGUAUUAAUGUACUAAAGCCUAUACGUAUACUUCUCGAAAAACCUAUGUAACGAUAAAAAAAAAUUUUUCAACGCAAUCACUAAUAUUAUACAUAAUCGCAGUUUUAUUUUUGUGCUGACGAAAGCUCGUAGCCAUGUACAAUUGGGAAAACUACAAUUCAUACAACCGAACGUAAAUUCUUGCCUAAAUCGCAAAAGCUUAGUCGUUUCACUGGUUUCGAUUUCGAUCUAAAAACUUUUUCUUCGCGCCAUCAUUCUCCCAGCUAAUCGCCAAUCGAGUGGAUGUUCGUCAAAAGUAAUCCUGAUAUGACUUUAUUCGAAACUUGUACUCAAAAAUCUCGGGACGAUCCCGAUUUCAGAAUUCACGCGGUCGUUUAAAAUUUCAGAUAUAUACAUACGAAAAUAGGUACGAUUCAGCAAGAGACUGCUAAACUUCUGAAUUGUUCGAACACAUUGUAAAAUUUUCUUUUAUUAUCUUUAAAAUCUUCAUUUACGAAUUUCUGAAAUCGGUAUCCACCCGCUAAAGGGCCGGCAUGCGACCAUGCGGCAAACCAUGAUAAUUGCAGCUGUGUUUUAUAAAUGCACAUCUCACUCCGUAAGAGGAAACCCAAGUUAGGAGGGAACAAGAGAAAACUAUUCGUAUUACGCAGUCUAUGACAGCAACUAUUGCUCGGUCGAAUUAAAGCUCUUUUUAUCGCUCUCCGACAGAGUUGAGUGCCCUGCAUCAGCUUUUUCUUCUUCGUUAUCAAAAACGAUAAAUUCGUCUUUCAUCGUAAAAGCUAUUACUUUCAUGUCAGUGAUCCUUCGUAGCGAGUCGAGUAUAGAGUACAGUGUACACUAAAAGCGGCCGUUAUACAGAUAUAUAUUUUAUAUAUUUUAUGUUCUCUUUGCGUCUAGCUACCAUAGUAUUAUAACAUUCCGAGAGACUCAACUCUGCCAUCGAGUUUCAUUUUUAUUCGCAUGAUUUCAUUUAUUCGUCCAUAUCUAACCCAACCAUCUAGAGGAGUGAAGCUUUCGUUUGAUCGAGAGGUGAUGAUUGCCUAUUCUUCGAAAGUUUUUUUUAUCUUCGUGAAGCAAGUGUAUGUGACGUUAAAGUAAAUUCAAUUCGAGUUGCACCUUUCUAUACAACGUUCGAAGAGAUAUACAGCUGAGGUUUGUGAAAGCUACGGAGGCUUGCUAUGUUUAACGAUUAAACACGUCUCUUUUGUUCAUUAUUAGUAAUCUGCUUGCUUGGUUAAUCUUAACGUUUUGGUGUGGUUGUGCAUUUUUUUCGUUUUUUAUUUGUCUGGAUUCGUUUUGAUCACGUUUGAUUUUAGCAUUUGUUUGGUUUUAGUUGUAUGAAUGACGUGAACACGAUCGAUAUGACUGAUGAAUGAUUCUUUGUAAAGAUGAUGUGCGAGCUUUCCCUGAAAGCACGAUUCUUGCAGAGACAGAUGAUCAUUCUAUUAAUAAUUACGUAUAUUGCUCAAUAAUAUAUUAUUUAUUUUAUUCUCACGUUCUUUUUUUGGAUAUUAUUAAAAACAUUGCUUAUGACUUUGCAGAGAAUACUUCAAGAUUACUAAUAAUUGCUUGAAACGACGCGUUUUUCAUUCAUAAUUGAAUCAAAAUAAGAAGCGCUAUUACGAAACAGUAGUCGUAACAUGAAAAUUCAAAUCUAAGAUAAAAAAAAUCGCGCAGUCUAUCUCCAGCAGCAAAAUCGUGCAUUUCCCUUCUGUACGUCCGUUCGCGUAUGAAGAUAUGAGAAUGAAGUUUGAUCUGCGAGAUUUUAGAGAAUAUAAUAAUAAUAAUACAACGCACGCAUUGCGAGUAUGCGCCUACAUUAUCUACGUGUUUGUUUCUGUUUUUCGCUAAUCAAAUCGACGAUUCUUACUAUGGAUCCCCACGAUUAUACGCGUGUGUCUGUAUAGUGUGCAGCAGCAGCUUCCGGGAGCGGACGAUGUUUAAUUUCUUCGCCGGAAGGAAGGAACGCAUUUUUUAAAACCCGAUGAGCCUCGCGUUGUGUACAAUAUACGUACGUUUUUCUCCUCGUUUCGUUAUUAGAAUAGUAUAGAGAUGCGCCGAGACGUCGAUCACGGCUCACGGUGUGCGUUUUUUUUCGUUCGUUUAUGUUUGUCUUAGUAAAAAAUUCCAUUAGCCUAUUUAAUUACGUACAGCCAUCCACUUCUCGCUCGUAUCGAGUGCAAAUAUUAUUUACGAUUAUAUAACGACGUAUUUUUUUAUAUUCGUAUAAUUAUUUCUUUUUACUAAAAUCGCAAGACCAUCUGUACAUCAUAAAACGGCAGUAAAAAUAACUUUAGCGCACUGCAUCGAUCUCACACUUGUAAUAAGGGCGACAUACGCGAUUGAUUCACUUUGGAGGGGCAGAAUGGCACGAUCAUGCCUUUGUUAUUUUUUUCUUCUUCUUUUUUAUAUUCGUACAAAAAGAGUCUCACUUUCUGCAUGAUGUCGGUAGUAUAAUGUGGAAUAAUCGCUAUCGAAUUUUGCCGGCCGUGGCACACUAAGCUUUACACAUUUGAAUAAGGACUAUGUAUACGUUUUAAACUAUAUGCAACGAACCUAUACGCAAAAGCAUUAGCAGGCACUUCGUAAUUGAAAUUGUAAUUUGAACGAAUUUAGAAAAGAUUCAUCUCACUCGAUGCAUUUAUUUUUCCAAACUUUUUUAACUAACUUUUCUGCGCUUACACUGUAUACAUUGAUUCCUAUUAUGCGUUUCACAGACUAGUUAUAGCUUUUGGCUUAUUUUAGCGCAGGAAAGUUAUAGUGCAACAUUUAUAUUCGACUAAUCGGUUGGUAUGAAGGAAAUGUGAAAAUUUGCGCGUGCACUUUAUCCGUCAUUUGUUUGUGGACGAAUGUAACGAUAAAUAAAUAACGAAAAAUAAAA